AUGGCCUUUAUCCGUCUGGUCCUUGUCCACUACUACACUCACUCAUCGUCUAAAAGCACACAAUGGGGUGUGAUUGACGAGCGGCUCGCAAUCCUCCGCAAAUCAACUGCUGAGUUCCAAAACAUGCACGCAUCACUUGUAUUAGCGAAGGACAAGGAGUUGUUUUCGCAUGGUAAGGAAUUUCGACAGAUGGAAAAGGAAAGUUUCACUUUCCCUUCGGUGGACGAUGUCCAUGCAGCCCUCGCUCGCAAGGAAAGUAAUGUCGAGAGGCAAGCCUCUCAACAAUCAUUAUCCAACAUCACUAGCAACCCCUUAACUGUCGUGCUGACACAGCCAAUUGACCGCAAGCGCUCGUCAUCUUCCAACGCCAAGCCAGCGAAGAUCGUCAACGGCAAGCCACCAAAGACUGCCAACGGCAAGCCGCGGUACUGUUGCCGCAAGCCCGCGUUACAACCGCUGGCCAGCCAACGUUGGAGUGUCAAGCCGACCGCGGGGGAUUACGCCCCCCGCUAUGAAGCACACCAAAUUUUUGGUCGGGGCGGCAUGGGUCAAGCCCACGAAAUGCUUUCCGUCAAGCAUUCGUCCACCACAACCCGUGGUGUAAUCGAUCUGGCCUAA